CGCCUGCCGGCCACAGGGACGCAGGGAGGCUGCCUUAGCACCAUGAUGCCCGGGCUGCUCCCACUGCUGCUGCUGCUUCUGGCCGGACCCCCCGCGGCACAGCCCGCUCCCCCGACCUGCUACUCCAGGAUGCUGAGCCUGAGCCGGGAGGUCACUGGGGACGCCCAGCGCCUGCAGGCCAUGGAGCCCUCGGAGGCGUGUGUGAGGUACCUGCCCAGGCUAUACCUGGAUAUACACAACUACUGCGUGCUGGCCAAGCUGCGGGACUUCGUGGCUUCGCCCCAGUGCUGGAAAGUGGCCCAGGUGGAUGCCUUGAAGGACAAAGUGCGGAAACUGUACACCAUCAUGAACUCCUUCUGCAGGAGAGAUUUGGUGUUCCUCUCUGAUGACUGCGAUGCCUUGGAAUACCCAGUCCCAGUGACCACGGUCCUGCCAGGCCGUCAGAGAUAGGACAAUCCAGAAAGAGAGCCCAAGGGGACCACAGUUACGUCAGCUGCCCAGACUCGGUGGGCUAAAGCCAUGCGCCCUGGCAGGUCUCUCUGUCACUAUAGUAUAAGAAACUGUCACGUCUCUCCACCUGCUGGAAAGCAAGGUGCGUGCGCCUCCCCCAGAACCUACCUUGAAGACAGAAGUCUUGCUUUCAUUUCCGCCUGGUUUUGUCUUGGCAGGAUGGUUAGAUGCACAAGGAUGUGUAUUUGAUCGCUGAGAAGGAAAGGGGAAACCAGCUUCUCUUGUAUGAACAUCUAGAUUGAGAGCAGGCAAAACAGUAGCUUUGUAUUACUGCUUUAAUGUAGUACCAGUAACAUUUUUCCUUCUUGAUAGGUUUCUGCGUACAUGUAGCCAAUCUUCUAUUUCUUACCCUCUCCCACCAUCAACUUUCAUUUUUAAAGAAAUUUCACUGCCAAAUAAAGUGUAUCUGCAAGGUUCAUAAUCACA